AUGGACGAUGACUCACAGCCGCAAUGGCCCAAUCUGGAAAUUCUGGAAGUCAUGUUCCACCCGUCGCGGCCUGACGGGUCGUGGUACUUCUUCGGACCUCAAGGCCACGGCCGCGAGGCUGUCGGUUACGACAUCACCGCUGCCUCGUACCCCCCUCUUGAAACGACCGAGCUCGACGUUGAUAUGGACCAGCUUGUAACCUCCGGGCAUCUCUCCGACUUACCUAAUGGCGCGCAAAAUCAGUUUCGUAUCACACCAGAUGAAGCAAGACUGAGGCCGCUCCUAGCAGGCUUUUCCAGGGCAGCAGCGCAAAUGUGCUCUUUGAGGAGAGCCAUCAUUUGGACAUCGCUAAGUUGGUAUCCGGAAUAUGACUACGCAGAGUCCCAAGGCUGGGACUCGGAAUAUCAAGGACCUGGGCCUAACUGGGCUAUACAAUAUUCCGAUCAAGACAACGUGUGGAUGGUGGCAGCGUGGCGUCCAGAUGCGGAGCUGCGCCGUCUUUUCCAGAACAUUGGGCGAGAGAAGCACGGUAAUGAUCUGGUCGAGCACUGGGAGGAGGGGUACAGUCAAUCCCACUACAGCUAUCUUCGCAAUUGGAUGCUUGACGAUCACUGGGGUGACCCAGGCCGCAUUCCUUCUUCGUUGUCGUAG